AGCAUUGUGGGUAAUGCGGAAGCCAUCACUGACAAGCGAGAUAAGCAAGAGUGAUUCACUUCGAUAUUUUGUUCUUGAUGUGAAGAUUUUUCAACUCAAGUCCGUCUUGUUGCCAGGGAGAUUUCCAGAAGGAUUUACAUAUAGUACAUGGUAUUGUAGCAGUGGUUCUGAGGAAGACCAGCCUAGGACCAUCCCCAAGUACGAUUUAUCAUCCUGAAAGAAUUUACUACGUUGCUGUUCCUGCCAUUGUGAGCCAAUCUUCACCCUUUGAAUAUUCUAAUCAUCUAGAUCUUUGACUUAAGGAAAAAUAACAAUACCAGCGAUAUCCUCUCCGUAAAAUUUCAAGAAUGAAUUCAAACGGGAAAAACAUGGACUUGACAUUUAUUGACAGGAAAGAAAGGAAAAUUCUAAGUCCCUCCAGGGAGGUUGUUAGUCCAGCGGGUCAUCUUUACAUUCCAAUAGGGUCCCCAGGUCAAAGGUCACCAGGAUCAGAGAAUCAAUGCCUCAGUCAAAAAUUCAGUAACAGUCAAGAAGACGCCAGUAAUAAUAAUGGGAUAAGUUUGACUGACAACACAUAUUUUGGUGAUGCAUUUCCUGGCAGCCUUACCUCAGAACAGGAAUCUGCAUUAUUGCGCGAGCUUGAACAGGAUUCGGUGGCAGAAACUUCAGGUCACUUACAGUUUGACAUGCGAUAUAUUGACAGGAAAGAGGCGAACAUGCAAGACAUUUCACAGCGAGGGUCAGAAAUUUCACCAGAUAAUUUGACAGGUUCCCACCAUCACCAGCAGCCAGAUACAGCCACUGUGACAAAUAGUCAGGAAAACCGUGGAAGGACAUUUUCAAAUUCUAUCACCAUGGAGAUAAAUAGUGCUAUGAGUUCUCCGUAUGUCAGUGUGCUGUCUAAUCCUUUGAGUUUUAAAGAUGAAGAAGAGGAAGAAAAAUGUGAUUCCAAAAAUAGAGCGUAUGAAAUCCGUAGUACAACUUCUGUGAUGUUAUUCCAGGAGAGAAAUCUAUUUGCUGAUGAGAAGGAGGCUGCGGAGGCUGGCGACACGAGCAGUGAGGGAAUAGGAGAGGACUCUGUCCAGCUGGAUCACUCCGACAGUUGGAGAUCUGAGUCCAUGGCUGCCAAGCUUUGGUGGCAGGCUGAUUCUCAAUCCUCAUCAGCAGCUGAGGAUCUGCCAGAGGUGGAAGUCUUCCCAGCUGUGGAAGACAUCACAGAUAGCAGAAUAUCAGAGGAAAGCAAGAAAUUGUCAGUUCAGGAAAAUUUCAACGCUACAUCUUCUGUACCAACACAUUCCAAGAUAGCUGUAUCCAAUUUCGUGUCCUCAACGAACAUCAAUGUUGGUACAGAACAGGAGUCCACACAGAGCAGAUCACCUCCACAUCACGAAGAUCUGAACCAAGAAGUGAGGGAAGAAUUGGUCUCAAACUCAGUUGUGCCUCAGAUGACAGAACCAAUGCCUGCAGUGGCCAAGCAAUCAAAGCCAACACCAGUGAAGAUGAUCGAGGUGGAAAGAAAGUUUGUCAUCACUGCAAAAUGUGUGGACAAACUGAAGGAGUUGGGGGCAUCGUUAAAUGUAGAGAAAACAUUUACAGAUAGAUACUACGAUGAUUCUAAGUAUUCCUUGACCUUACAGGACUGCUGGUUCAGGCAGAGAAAUCUGGACUGGGAGCUGAAAGUGGCCAGACGAUUGUCCUGUUCACUAUCAACACAGUAUGAGGAAAUCACAAAGGAGAAAGAUAUUGUUAAGUACCUGAUUCAGCAUUUCAGUGUCGAUGGCUUCUCGGAGGAACUUAGUGUAUCAGACUUGGUAAAGAUUGUUGGCCUGGAAGAAUUUGCAACUUUUACAACCCAUCGUCAGAGCUACAGUCUUCCUGAAUGUACAGUCGACCUCGAUAUCACAGAUUUUGGUUUCCAAGUCGGUGAAAUAGAAGUCAUGGUUACUAAUGAAAGCAGAAUUCCAUCAGCAUUAAACACAAUUGAGGAUAUGGCGAAGAAGUUAGGCCUGAAAGCAGAGAAGACGGACGGUAAGAUUGCCACCUAUAUAUACCGUUUUAAAAACGAACUCUAUUACAAACUCUUCACCUAAAAUGGUUACCUGGUAGGUCCUGGAUUAUCUGGUCGCCAUGGUACCGGGUUUGGUUAUGGGAUUAUCUUGUCACCAUGAUAACCUGGAAGGUUCUAGAUUAUCUUGUCACCAUGGUACCUGGAAUGUUCCGGAUUAUCUUGUCAUCUUGGAUCAGGCUUGAUUCUGGAUUAUUUUAUCACAGCUACAACAGGGUGUAAUCCAAUAUGGUAACAGGCUAAUGUCCGGACAGAUAAUGAAGAGGCUUUAGAGUUGAUCAGAUAAGAAUUGAUUAUGAUGAAGUUCAGUUAGGGAACAGUUGCCUUUCAUGUUUAUUGUACAUUUACUGUUUUUUUGUGUGUAUGUAUAAUCGAUUAACAAAAAUUGUCUGUGAAGGAAUUUAUUAAUAUUAAUAUGUCAAAAGGUAAAAAUAUAAUAAUUUGAAUUUGUUUGUUAUAAUGGAAAAAUUAUUUAAGAAUACAUUCCUCUGCUGUAGAUACAGAGCUGUACUACUGCCUCCCACCUAAUUCUUACAUAAAAUUUAUCUGUGAAAAUUGGAUUUCAUAAAAGAGAAAAAUAACAUUGAAAUUCCCCAGAUAACCCAGAUAAUUGUCAAAUGCUCAUCAAAUGUCAAAACGCAUUUUUAUUACUUAAUAACAUAAACCCAAAAAUUUGAUAUUACUAAAGUAGGUAAUCUUCUUUUCACUAUUAUAUCAAGCCUUUUUUACUUUGUUCAAUCCAGCAUUACGUGAAAAAAAACAUUGCUGAAGUCAGUGCCUGACAGUAUGUCUGCUUGCUCUCAUUUAGCAUUUUUUCAAAUUUGUCUUCUUGAAUGGUUCUGUCUUUUGUGCUGUAAAAGCCAUGCCCUUUCUUCCCCAAUUAAUGACAUUUUGUCUAAAAUACAUACACAGCGAACCAUUGUUUCAGCCAGGCAGUUUGGAAACUUUUUUAUUUUCUCUCCAUGACAGCGACUCUCAACAUGAAGAGCACUACAACAUACUUUUAUCUGAGUUAUAUUAAUUUUGUAUAUCAAACGAGUGUAAAAUGAUCUCUUUUGGUAGUGACCUAUCAGAACAGUACGUUCUAUCAAUUUCAUUCAAAGCUGGAGAUUUCCUGUUCAAAUGUAAAUGAAGCCACGGUAGAAUAAGCGACAGUUUAGGUACAUCUUUCCUUUAUGUAGUAAUUAAGGUAUUAAUCUAACUACACAAUUGUUAACAUUUAUGUCAGCAAAAGCAGAAAAAAGUAGAAUUGUAUUGAGUAACCCAUUCCAGAAUUGCAGUUAGCCUUGCUGUCAAGCAUCAUGUCAUUAGAUUAUUGCACCAAAGGUUAAGCUAUUUUAUCCCAAACUGCUUUGAUGCAGUAACAUUUUCAUUGUAGUUUUAAAAUGUUAGUGUACAAAAAUUUAAUGGGUUUCCUGUUGAUUACCACUCAUAUAGCAGAGUACACCGAUAUUUUCACUUGUACAUAAUAUUGGUAUUCUGACAUACUCAUUAAAUGUAUAUGGUAUUCAAAGAGAAACUAAUAAAUAUUUUCUAUUUAUCCCAUCAACAAAGAACUCGCAUGCAGUAGUUUUAAUCCAACAAUUAGGUUUGCACUCUGUCCGUCAGUCGUACCCCCACCAGUACUAGAAAAGGGAAUAUUGUUCGUAUUCCAUCUGUCAUCUGUCUGUGUGUCCCUUUAUCCAGGGCGUAUAUUGUUCACUCUGUCACCCACAAUUAACAGAUUUUGUAUGCGAGUACCUGUUUGGAUAGAGGAGGGUAGCAUACUGAAAUAGUACUCCCGUGUCCUAUUAUUUUCAGAGUUAUGGCCCUUUGUUCAAUAUAAUCUGUCUUCUACCAUUACUAAAUUUUAUAUGUGACUACCUCUUGGGAUAGUGUGGUGUCAUGUACUGAAAUCAGGCCUCUUGUCCUUUUAUAUGCAGAGUUAUGUCUCUUUGUUGUUUUUUGAUAACAUAGUUUGUCUGGAGAUGAGGGACCAGGGUUUGUUUGCAAUAUUCUGCCUCGUUGAAUUCCUAUCCAUAAAGUAAGUGUAGGAAUCUAAUUCAAACAAAUAAAGAAAAUGUGUGUAACUGCUUCUGGAUUUGUGACAUAAUAAAACGGGUUUAUAAUUGCCAUUUAGGUUGGGUAUGUAUAUUUUUUAGAUAACUAUGUGGUACAUUCGGGAACCUCUAAGGAAGUUGUUGAUUAGGCUUGGCUUCUCUAGUUGUAAUGUUUCCUUCUGGAUAUAUAUGUCUAGAUCUGUUUGUCGCAGGGGGUGCUUCCUGCUAUAAUUGAUGAGGGAAGGGACCAUUAAAAACAUUACAUAAAAACAUAAUCGGCCCAUUGCACCAAGUAAGGAAGUGUCUCAGUUCUUAUUACCAUACUAGGGAAAAAGUUAAAACUUUUAAUUAUCUCUAAAUAGGUAAUUAGAAGAGAAAAUUGCUUCAGCCUUAAUGAGAAUUGGAUCAUCAUAGCUCUUGUAAGCUUUGGCAGUUGUUAGGUAGUCUGUCAAGCUUGUAUGUGAUAAAGAGUAUGUUGGAGAUUUAUAGAUCCACGUUUAAAAUCUCUCGGCAGUAAAUCAGCCAAUCAGUUGGUGUGUUGUGUCCUUAUGCAGUGCUUGAACCUGCAGUAAAUAGCCAAACUAGUAAAGCGAUUCUUUAUUCUGACUAUUUAAGUUGAUUUUGAUAGAUUUAUGUGUUUCAGCUAUCGAUAGAUAUAAGUCUAAUUUGUGGCAGUUUUCUCCAUUAAGGCUUUUAUGUAGAGUAAUUGCCUUUAUAAAUCUCCAUUUUCAAAAUAAUGUUUCAGACAAAUAUGGCUAAGAUGAAAGAUCUAGAACAAAAAAAGUUUCUUUCAUUUUCAAAAGAUACAGUACGAAUGUGUUAUAUAUCCCAUCAUUAGAAGGGUUUUUUAAUCUGUCUAUUUUGAAGAAAAGUUACAGAUUAUAUAGAUUUUUUUUAGCAUUGUUGACAAUAUCAUAAAUCAUUAUUGAUGAUAUUUAAUACGAAACAAUGCCUACUCCAUUUCAGUUUACAUUUAUUUCUGACUAAUAAGUUUUUCUCAAAAGCUUCAACUGGGCUAAUCCUACAAGCAAUUAGAAGGUAAAAAAAAACACUAGGCGAAGUACAAAAAAAUGUUUAUGUAACAGUGGCUGAAUUUCAAUGCCGCUAUCUAGUUUCAAAUUCCUACCUGUGAUGUAAGUAUGUACAGGUGUACACUUAGAGGUAAAUAAUGACGGGUAACAAGAGGACACAGUUAAUCUACCCCUGAUUUCAUAGCAUAUUGAUUUCUUACUUUAGUAGAAAUUGUUUGAAAUGGAUACUUCAAAUGGACGUGAAAAAAAGGAACUUUAACUUCAAUGUUUCAUGUCUGUUGAAAAAAAGGGGAAACGAUAUGGCCUGCAAAUUCUACAUUAAAAAUGUGCAUGAUGACAUUGGCAGUAUAGGUAAGGUUUUGAUAUGUAAGACUGCUGUAUAUGAUGUUGUGUUAAAUGGUUAUAGUCAAUAUCGAUAGUCCCGAUUUGUUGUCUGAUGUAUGUGUGUGUUCCUUAGUUGUAAAGUGUAAAUCCAUGCUUAGUUUUAGAUAGGCCCACAUUUACAAUUGCAACAAGAGCUUAAUCUAUGAUUAAGUUUUGGUUAAUCAUUGUUUUGGCAGAAAGACAACAUUCUUCAUGUACAAGAUUUUCAGCUCACCUGGCACAAAGUGCCUGUGAAAUGAUGCCAUGGUGUGAUGUUCAACAUCAACUUUUUUUUAUUUAUUAAAAAACUUUAUUUCUCAGAACUAGAAAGUCCAUAAUCAUAGUUUUCGACUUGUAUGUUGCUGUGAUGAAGGGCAAGGGUCAUCAAAUUGGUUCAACUAAAUUACCUUGACCCUAGCUCUUUCAAGAUCAUGACUCAUAUUACAUUAAAACAUUCAUAUCAAAGGCUUUUAAGUAUACACAACCUUAUGGCCUAGCUAUAUAGAUCAUGAUAUUUGGCUUACAGCUGACUUGGCUAGCAGGCUUUCAGCUUUAUUGAAAUAAUUAAAGUGACCUUGAUCAACCUUCAAGGUCACAAUUGCCAAAUGUUUUUAUCAUUUAAAAGAUGAAUCAGGUGAAUGAUAAAGGCUAUUGGGAAUCUUAUAAGUGAUUUCUCCUUAAGAAGCUGAGUUUAUUUAUAGAGUCUACUGUUUACUUAUGACAAUUAUGUUUACUUUAUGUACAAAACAUUUUUUUGGUGCAUCUAAUAUUUAUAGAAAGACUCUUUGUCAAGCGUUGAAGAGGUUUUAUCUUCAGUUUUCACUGUUUUUAUGGUAUCUACUUAGACUUUAACCCAACAAAUAAACAGAGAAUUCUUUUGAUUACCUGGAUGUUAUUGGUCGCCAUGAGUACAGUAGUAAGGUGGAGAUAACUCUGUAAGGAAAAUAUAUAUGUUUAUCAGACAAUUUUUGUGUGAUAUUAAAAAUUAACUGAAAAAUAUCAAAAGAUCAGUAUGUAGAAACUUGUGUUACUCUCUUAUGUCUUCAUCCUGUUUGUGUAUUGAAAUAAUUAUAAAACACAUCUUAUAAAGUCUACUGUCUGUAACUGUAGUGAAUAUUAUAGUCGAUCAUAUCAAAAGAUAAACAUAAAAUAUAAAUGGAAGAAGAUGAAUUAGAAUUUAGGCAAUUAAUAUUGGUGCAAGUUUAUAACCAUUUCCUACCAGUGUUCUGUUUGUGUUUAAUCCGUGUAUAUGUCUAAUGGUGAGUGUCCAUUGUCACUGUUAAUUGUCAGGCCAAAAAGACGGGUAAUGCUAAGAAACAACCGAAAUACUGACUAUUUGCUUGUGCAAGGGUUACCAAGUGGAAAAGUUCCAAAACUGACUAAUAGCAUAAUUAGAGCUGACCAAACCAAACCACUAGGUCAAAAAUAUGGAUGUAUAUAUUAUGAUACAGCAAAAUAGAUUUAUGCAAAUUGAACCAAAAUACAUACAUACCAUAAUACUAUAAUUAAACAUGAAAUACACAGCAAAUAUCAUCUCCGCCACACUUUGGCUGACCUUGUAGUAUUUAAGGUAAAGUGUUUAUUUGACGUGAUUGUAUCAUAGUGUUGGUAGCAGAUGUAGAUCCCUACAGGGACACAUAUCAUGCCAUUUCGUCCAAUCAGCUUGGUAACAUGCUAAUGGCCGACAGGUUAAUUGAUAAUCAGAAUCUAGUGGGCUGACUUAGGGGAAAUAUUGGGCAGGCAUGAAACACUGUAUGGUGCAUGAUUAGGCAUUAAACAGUGCACCUGAUGCUAAUUAUAAAUCUCCAACUAUUAACGUGGGAAUUGUAAUUCUACCUUUAUCUUAGUUGAUCUUGUUAAUUGGUGAUAACUCUGAAUUCAAAAAUUUUCUCACACUAUCUGCUCCAAAUUCUGCAGUUUUUACCAGGCUAACAGAUUCUAGAUUGAACUUGUAUUAAAUUAACAUGGACAGGGUACAUCUGAUUCAACAUGUAUUACCUUCAUCAGAAAUUUAUUUUUUUCCUUAUUAAGACACCAAGUCUUUCUUUUUCCUUUUCUUUUUUCUUUUUAUUUAAUUGAUUACUCCUUAUAGAAUACUGUUGGCAUUUUCUGGAUAGUUCAGUAUAUUUCUCCUUGGAAAUUCAAUAGCUAAAUAUGAAAGUCAUUCUUGCUAUGUCAAUUUAAUUGCAAAUAUCUGAGGGACAGAGAGAAAUAUAGUUUGAAAUUUCCCCCAUAAAAACCAGCCAUAAGAACUACACAAAUUAAGUAUUGAAAAUGUCAGUUAUGUGGAUUCUUUCAUAUAUAAGAUGAACAUCUCCAGAUCCAUAGGAUCUUAAGUAUUGAUAAUUGGUCUUUUGCUUGCUGGGGUGGAAGGCUCUCUGGUAACCAAGUUUGUUCAAAUGAAUGACCUUGACCCACUUUCAAGUUCACAGGUCAUAUGUUUUUAAAACGUAAAGGGCCUUGAUUUCAAGAUCCAUAAGGCCUCGAGUAAAAGCAUUUUUCCUAAAAGACUAUUUGAAUAAAUAGCUAUUUACUUUUUUCAAAUUAAUAACCUUGAACGGCUUUCAAUGUUGAUAUAAAUCAAAUGUGUUCUAUCUUUCUAAUGGUCUUUAAAUCCUAGAGUUAGACCAUUUGGUUUUGAACAGGUGAGUGAUACAUGCCUAUGGGGCCUCUUGUUAUUUAUAUUUUUGGUGCAUUUUGUUUCCCCUUGAUGUUUGUGUUUCUGGUUUGAAUUAAAGAUUUCAUAUUUACAGUUAAUGUUAUCUGUAGAUUAAUACUGUCUCACUGACUUAGUUUCAGUUCUAUUUAUAGAUACAUGUACUACUUAAAUUGUCGUAGAACUCGAGGUUCAAGCCUCCUUUGGAUAUCUUUGGUGUAAAACUACCAUCCCAAAGUUCAGUUUUAGGCUAGCUAACAUAGACAUUGAGUUGGAAGCUAUUCAAAAACUGUUAAUUGUUGAAAAACCUAAUUUUCUGGUUUUUAAAGUUUAUGUAGAUUUAAAUUUGUAUUUCUAUAACAUACCAAAGAUUGCCAUGGAAACUGAUGUCUCCAGGGCGGAGUUCCCGCUAUCAAGUGAUUCAUUUUACAUACCAAUUGUUCUGUCUCGUGUCGAGUCAUUUGAAAUUUGACAUAGCAUGCAAAGUUAGACUGUUAAUAUCUAACACAAUUUAUGUUUAAACAAGUUCAUGAAUAAUCUAAUAAUGAUCGAUAAUUCAGUCUACAAAAUAUUCAUGGAAAAAUGUCCUAGAUAAUGACAACAUACAUAUUUAAAUGUCUUGUAAGCAAGAUUUGUGUUAUUAUCAAAAUGUGAUGUAAGGUACAAUGAAACAUCAUUAGUCUGGGCCGGGGUUUCUGAAAACAUUCACAAAUUAAAAACUAUUAGGUCUAGGCCACUGUUUCUGAAAACACACAAAUUCAACUUCAUUAGUCCUGGCCAUGGUUUUUGGAAACACGAAUUCAAUGUCAUUAGUCCUGGCCAAUGGUUUCUGGAAACACGAAUUCAAUGUCAUUAGUCCUGGCCAAUGGUUUCUGGAAAUACACAAAUUCAAUAUCAUUAGUCUUGGCCAUGGUUUCUGGAAACACACAAAUUCAACUUCAUUAGUCGUGGCCAUGGUUUCUGGAAACACGAAUUCAAUGUCAUUAGUCCUGGCCAAUGGUUUCUGGAAACACACAAAUUCAAUGUCAUUAGUCUUGGCCAUGGUUUCUGGAAACACACAAAUUCAACUUCAUUAGUCUUGGCUAUGGUUUCUGGAAACACGAAUUCAAUGUCAUUAGUCCUGGCUAUGGUUUCUGGAAACACACAAAUUCAAUUUCAUUAGUCCUGGCCAAUGGUUUCUGGAAACACACAAAUUCAAUGUCAUUAGUCCUGGCCAUGGUUUCUGGAUAUAAUCACAAACUGAUAUCCAAAUACUGGCAAUAAUGUUUCACUAAAUUAAAUCCAAUGAGCACACUAAGUCCCUUUUAACCUAGCCUGGUUUUACAGUAAAUGGAUAACAAUAUGCUGUGGUAUGUAGUACUAUAUAUUGUUUUGUAUUGUAUAGUCACUAAUAUAUUUUUUUUGUACUAAGAUGGUAUGUGUAUGUUGAAUUGUUUUUCCAUGUACCUGGAUAUUGUUUUGUGCAAUGUUACAUUAUAUCAAUAUAUUGUUUUGUAGUCGUCUAUGAUUAUUUUGUAGUUGUGUAUUAAUAUAUACUGGUAUAUUAUUUUGUAGCCAUAUGAAUAUAAUAAUUAUUUUGUUGUCAUGUAUAGAGAAUCUAAAACGAGUUUCCAUUUACGGUCAAAAAAUAGAAUUCACUUUCCCUUUAUAACAUUUCUAUGUAUGUACGAGAAUAUGUACUCUUGUCAUGUUUUCAAUGUCAACAUUUUGAAUUCACAUUUAUUAUCUCUAAUGCGACAUCAUAUUAACAUGACCUUGAGUCUGGUAUCUUAAUUCAAACGUUCCAAUGGGAUUACAUUAAGUAAUACUUAAAUUUCAUUGGUGUAUUGUAUAACAGUCAUGUGAUUAACUUUGUUUUGUACUUUGUCGUGGUGUAUCUAUUAUACAAUAACUUUAUUGAUACUAUGUUUUGUACUUUGUCGUGAUGUAUCUAUUAUACAAUACCUUUAUUGAUACUUUGUUUUGUACUUUGUCGUGGUGUAUCUAUUAUACAAUAACUUUAUUGAUACUUUGUUUUGUAAUUUGUCGUGGUGUAUCUAUUAUGUAGGAAUUAUAUUGUAAUUUGUAGUCAGAUAUAAUCUGGUGUAUGAUUUGUGAUAUUUACAAUGGUCCUCGGUGUAUACAAUAUUUAAUACAAUGGAGUAUUCAGUACGCCUUGUAUUCAGUU